AUCUGAGCUCUGAAAGUUUGCAGGUACCUGUUAAUGCUUUGCAUGCCCUGAGCAUGCAGAGCCAGCCCGGCCGGGCACCGCUGGAGCCCCAGCCCCGGGCAGGGCUCCCCGGCAAAGGAUGUGUUUCCCCAAACAGAAAGUUUUGCUGUUUUGUCUGCAUAGUUGGUUUCAUUUCUAUAUUUUAUUUUGUGAAGCUGGGUGAAGUAACACCUUAGCUUCUGGGAGCCUAAAGCAAGAAGUGAAAGUACAGACUGGAACUUAAAAGUCGUUUACCAAAAGGAAAAAAAAAAUUAAAAUUAAUACAUAUUUUUUAAAAGCUUGCCGGUACUCUGGGAAGAAAAGUGUUCUCGAAAUUUGCAGGUUUAAAAUUAUUGACAACUUUUUACGGGAGGCUGGAGAGUAGGGAAGGGAGUGAAAUGCAUUUAAAACAAUUCACCAUUGGUCGUUUUGCAUGAAAACGCCAAUUGCCGAGGCAGGCUGAGGGUCCGGGCUCGCCUCGGUGCCUGUCCUCCCUCCCCGCUGUUCUCCUCUCCUGGCAGAUCUGCCGCGGUGAUGCCACCAUUGCCCACCCCAGCCUCGGGAAUAACUGGCAAAUACUAAAGUUUCUAGCACAUUUCUCAGCCUCUUCUUCGCUCAGCCACAUUCAUCCACAUCCACAGAGCCACCCAUUCCCUCUGUCCAGGCGGAAUCCCAGGCAGGAGAGUGUGAGUAAACACGCUGACCCUACGCACACUCUCUCAAUCUCCCCAUCCUCUUACCUGCUUGGAGAUUUAUUAUUUUUUAUUUAUAGCCAAGCAGGUUUUAUAACAGUAAACGCCUGAGGAGAGAGUUCAGGCAGAAUAAAAAGACCCAACAGCAGCACACUUCACUGCUCAGUCCUGGUGUGAAGCUCCAGCAAAGUAAAAAGACACAAGGGAGAGGAAAGAGGAAAAGGGGAGGAAAAAAAAAAUCUCACUCUGCUUUACAUACGUAUAUAUAUAUAUAUUGAAAUUGUUGAGGCAGGUAAUAAUUUUUUAGGUUUUAUGUAAAACUCCCAGUGCAGAAGAAGACAAUAGAUGCGCAGGCGAGGGGGCAUCCUGCUCAGGAGAGCAAGGGUUAAUUGCCCUUGUUUUACAGUUUGCAUCUGUUACAUCUUUUAUAGCCCCCUGUUUAAACUAAUCCUCAAGUCAAAGCAUCUUUAAAGCUACAGCAUCUUCUUCGAGAUGGACUGAGUUUCAGGAGCGUUCUUGCAGCAAACCCAACGCUCCUGCCCCUCUCUCCCUUUGACAGAUAGAGCCUCCUGCCCAGCCCGGGCACACAGGCACACACAGUAGGUCUAAAAGUUUACAAGUUGCUUUUAUUUUUAUUUUUUUUUCCUUAAAAACAAAAAAAACCCAAAACCCAACUGAAAAGCUGAAAACUCUGACAGCGGUAGUUUUGAUUUCUGUUUCUUUUCUGGGAAGGAAAAAAAAAUUGACACUCUGAAGCUUUGUUUAACUAAGGGGCAGGGGAAACCCUGAAUAUUGUCAAACUGACUAAAAAGGUGACAGAGGUUUAUAAUUACACUCCUCGUUGUUAGGGGGAGGGGGAGGUAUCCGUGCUGAGCUUUACCCCAAAAGGACAGGGGAGAGCCAUGUUUCCCUCUCCUCUUAUCACUUUGCUGGAGAGGACUUUGGGGGGGAAAAAAUGAAGGCAGGAGAAGGGUAGGAUUUCGCGUGAAAAGAAGUUCUAGUGUCAAAUUAAAGUACUUUUAGGAGGAAAUGGUCCGCCUAGCAUUGAGUCAAACAGCCUACUGUAAAAGCUGUGCAUUCCCUCAUACGGUCAUGAGUUAUGACUCAUUUGAGAUGUAAUUCUUGUCUCUCUCUCUCUCUCUCUCUCUGAUCUGCUUUGCUGGUGCAACACACACACACGCAGGGAGGGAGACACAGGGACACGCGCUCACACACACACACACGCAGAGACACACAGAGAGAGAGAGAGAGAGAGAGAGAGGGAGCAGAAAUAAAUAAAUAAAUAAAUAUAUAAAUAAAUAAAGAAGAAAUCUGCCCGGCUGGGGAGAGAGGGGGAGCCCGCUCCGACCGCGUCCCACCUCCCCCGGCACGGCCAGCCUCGCCGUGUGCGUGGAUGGGUUCUUUUUCGGGUGCAAACUGGGGUCCCCGUUGGCGCCCUGCGUUUAAAUGGGACAUCCCGAUGCCCACAUUGUCGCUGUGUUUGGUCGUUACAUAGAGCCUGCGUGCUGCUGCUGCCGCUGCCGCUGCCGCUGCUGCUGAAUCAGGGAGUCGAGCCCAUGCGAACUGCCAUCUGAUCCACUCUUAUCAAUGAAGCAGCAGAUCAUGGCGGAUGGCCCCAGGUGUAAGAGGCGAAAACAAGCCAACCCCCGGAGGAAAAACGGUAAGACGGCCCCCCGGGAAAACUUUUCCCGGCCGGUUCCGCCGCGGCCGUGGGGGGAAAGGCGGCGGCAGGACGGGGAGCGGGACGGGGAGGGGGGCACGGCGCCCGGCAGCCCGGGGCUGGCCGCCCCCCGCCUCCCUGCGCGGCGUCCCGCGGAGCGGCCGGGGCUGCGCGGGUCGGGCCGGGGCGCGGAGCGGAGCGGAGCGGAGCGGGGCGGUGGGAGGCGCGGAGCGGCGCGGAACGAGCGGGGCGGGCGGCCCUGGGAAAAAAACCCGGCAGCGUGAGAACCCCGAGGCGGGCUGGCACCGAGUUAGCGACUCUCUCUCUCUUUCUUUCUUUAUUUCUUUUUUUUUUUUUUUUUUUCCUUAUUGUUAGGGACUCGAAAAUGAAACUUCCUCCUCCCUGAUAAUUAAUAAUACUAAUGAGCUCGGUGCCCGAUUGUCCGUCGCUGCCCUCUCCCCCGGUCCCCGCCGGCCGCGCAGGGCCGGGGCGCAGUGGGACGCGGUGUUCUGGGCUGAUUUCACAUUUGGCAGCUUUCACUGGUGUGGUGGGUCUCUCUUUCUCCGUCUCUCCCCGUCCCUCCCUUAGUUUCUUCCUUUCUCUCCCGGCUGAUAGCCGCUUCCCCGCCGCCAGCUUCCCCCUCCCCGCCCGCAGCCCCUCCAUGGCCAUCCCGGCCCCACUUCCAACAACUUUCCUCUCGAGGAGCCGGAGGAAGGAAGAUAUUUGUGUGAACCUGAACCCAUGCGCUUAUAGCUCAGCUACUUCAUUUAAGUGGAGAGGUGGAGGUGGAGGGGGGCUGAAGGAGGAGGGGGAGGCACACAACAACAACAACAACAACAACAAAAAACACAAAGACAAGAGAAUGUUGAUUAGAAACAAAUGAUCCUGGCCCCCCCUCCCCUUCCUUCUCUCUAGGUUGUGAGUGUGAGUGUGUGUGUGUGCGUGUGUGUGUCUUUUUCUUGUUGUGGUGGAGGCGUCGAGCCAUAUGGGGGAGUGAUAGAGGAAUUUUAGUCAGAAACUGUUCGUUAUGUUACACUGGCUUUUCCCUUUGUGUUGUCUUUGAUCUAUUUGCUUGGCUUAGUAUUACAAAAAAAAAAAAAAAAACAAAAAAAAGCCCCAACUAAAAUAAUAUAUUCCGAGCAGCUUCCCAAGGAUCCGUUUCUUGUUAUCUUUUUUUAAAGUCUCUCCCCCUCCACCACCACCCUUUACUCUUGUGUCUGUCAUUAUUUAAGGUGGUCCUCACAGAGGAGACCUCCCCUUCCCCUCAUCUCUGGGUAAUUUAGUAGACAUUAAAAUUACACGUAAUGUUUCCCUCUCCUCUCUUGUGUUUCCUCUGUUCUUUUUAUUAAAUGUUGGUUAUUGAUUUUCUAAAAUCAAUGUCUGUUGUGGGGCUUUUUUCCCCUUACAAGUAUCUAAAGCACGUUGCUGAUCAACUGGAUAACAAAAGCUUUGUGUCAAGUAGCCUUUUUUCUUAUGUUAAACAGUCAUUUUUGAGAGAAAAAGAGAAUGAGAUUUAAAGCAACGCAUCCAGAAGUGCUCUUUUGCAGUAAAGAAUAUUCUGAGUGUUUGAGGGGGUUUUAUUCUUCCUCAGCCUCCUUGCUUUUCCAGGCAAGACUAUUAGUUUAGCGUGUUAAACCCAUCACAUGCUCUCUGAUGAGGGAUGCAUCUACGUGUUUAAUAUUUUCUCAGCAUGAUUUGAGUACUAAAAAAAAACCCACCACCACCACCCUUACACCCCCCCCUCCCCCCCCCCCAAAAAAAAAAAAAAUCCUGGAUGCCUCUGUUUGCCCAGGACACCAGGACCGUAUCCUGGUAGUGCAGCCAAGUCUUUGGGAGCACGUAUGGAGCGGGGUGGCAGAUUCUGGUUGUUCCCAUGCAAAAAGGUGUUUUCAGGGAGCUGCACUAACUUGGAAAAGCCACCACACUUGGGAGACGAAAGUUUAAUUGCGAUUUUUAAGUAGUGAACUAUGAAAAUGUAGUGGAAACGGGUUCAGAAACAGAUGAGGAGGACAAGCUACACAUUGCUGAGGACGAGAGUGCUAUCAACACUCUGGACCAGGAAACUAGUCCAGCCAGUGUGCCCAACCAUGAGUCUUCCCCACAUGUGAGCCAAGCAACGUUGCCCAGAGAGGAAGAGGAAGAUGAAAUGAGGGAAAGUGGAGUCGAUCACACCUGGCACAACAAUGAGAUCCUGCAAGCCUCUGUAGAUGGUCAAGAAGAAAUGAAGGAAGAUUAUGACACUAUGGGGCCUGAAGCCACAAUUCAGACCACCGGAAACAAUGGUACAGUGAAGAACGCAAAUUGCACGUCGGACUUUGAGGAAUAUUUUGCCAAAAGGAAACUGGAGGAAGGAGAUGGGCAUGCAGUCAGCAUAGCAGAGUACCUGCAGCGCAGCGACACAGCCAUUAUUUACCCUGAAGCCCCUGAGGAACUGUCUCGCCUUGGCACUCCAGAGGCCAAUGGGCAAGAAGAAAAUGACCUGCCACCUGGAACUCCAGAUGCCUUCGCCCAACUGCUGACCUGCCCCUACUGCGACCGGGGCUACAAGCGCCUGACGUCCCUCAAGGAGCACAUCAAGUACCGCCACGAGAAGAACGAGGAGAACUUCUCGUGCCCUCUCUGUAACUACACGUUUGCCUACCGCACCCAGCUCGAGCGGCAUAUGGUGACACACAAGCCAGGGACAGAUCAGCACCAAAUGCUGACCCAAGGAGCAGGCAAUCGUAAGUUCAAAUGCACUGAGUGUGGCAAGGCCUUCAAAUAUAAACACCAUCUGAAGGAACACCUGCGAAUUCACAGUGGUGAAAAACCAUAUGAGUGUCCAAACUGCAAGAAACGUUUCUCCCAUUCUGGCUCCUACAGUUCGCACAUCAGCAGCAAGAAGUGUAUUGGUUUAAUCUCUGUAAAUGGCAGAAUGAGAAACAAUAUCAAGACGGGUUCUUCUCCUAAUUCUGUAUCUUCCUCUCCUACUAAUUCAGCCAUCACACAGCUGAGAAACAAGCUGGAGAAUGGCAAACCACUUAGUAUGUCUGAGCAAACAGGCCUACUGAAAAUUAAAACAGAACCACUAGAUUUCAAUGAGUACAAGGUUCUUAUGGCCUCACAUGGGUUUAGUGCAACUAGUCCUUUUAUGAAUGGUGGACUUGGAGCAACCAGCCCCUUAGGAGUUCACGCGUCUGCUCAAAGUCCAAUGCAGCACUUAGGUGUAGGGAUGGAAGCACCGUUGCUCGGGUUUCCUGCAGUAGGCAGCAAUUUAAGCGAGGUGCAGAAGGUCCUACAGAUUGUGGACAACACGGUUUCCAGGCAGAAAAUGGACUGCAAGGCUGAAGAGAUCUCCAAGUUGAAGGUUUACCAUAUGAAGGAUUCAUGCUCUCAAGCCGAGGAACAAGGAGUUACCUCCCCCAAUAUUCCCCCCGUGGGUCUUCCAGUAGUAAGUCAUAAUGGUGCCACUAAAAGUAUUAUUGACUAUACAUUAGAGAAAGUCAAUGAAGCCAAAGCUUGCCUCCAGAGCUUGACCACAGACUCAAGGAGGCAGCUCAAUAACAUUAAAAAAGAGAAACUGCGAACCCUAAUAGACCUGGUAACUGAAGACAAGAUGAUAGAGAACCACAACGUAUCCACACCAUUUUCAUGCCAGUUCUGUAAAGAAAGCUUUCCUGGUCCCAUUCCGUUGCAUCAGCAUGAGCGUUACCUGUGUAAAAUGAACGAAGAAAUCAAGGCAGUCCUUCAGCCUCAUGAGAACAUGGUUCCCAACAAACCUGGAGUGUUUGAUAAGCAAGCCCUCUUGCUGUCAUCAGUACUUUCUGAGAAAGGAAUGACUAGCCCCAUCAACCCAUACAAGGACCACAUGUCUGUACUUAAAGCAUAUUAUGCUAUGAACAUGGAGCCCAACUCUGAUGAACUACUGAAAAUUUCCAUUGCUGUUGGCCUUCCUCAGGAAUUUGUGAAGGAAUGGUUUGAACAAAGAAAAGUCUACCAGUAUUCAAGUUCCAGGUCACCAUCACUGGAAAGGGCCAGUGCCAAGGUGGCGCUGGCUGCCACCAACAACACUCCCACUAAAGACUCUUUGUCAGCCAGAUCUCCAAUAAAGCCUGUGGACUCUAUAACUUCACCAUCUAUAGCUGAACUCCAUAACAGUGUUACUAAUUGUGAUACUCCUCUCAGGCUAACAAAACCUCCUCAUUUUACCAAUAUUAAGCCAGUUGAUAAAUUGGACCACUCUAGGAGCAAUACUCCUUCUCCUUUAAAUCUUUCUUCCACAUCUUCUAAAAACUCCCACAGUAGUUCUUACACUCCAAACAGUUUCUCUUCUGAGGAGCUUCAGGCUGAGCCAUUGGACUUGUCUUUACCAAAACAAAUGAAGGAACCCAAAAGUAUUAUAGCCACAAAGAACAAAACAAAAUCUAAUAGUGUAAGUUUAGAACACAACAGUGUUUCUUCAUCAUCUGAAAACUCAGAUGAGCCACUGAACUUGACUUUUAUCAAGAAGGAGUUUUCUAAUUCAAAUAAUCUGGAUAAAAGCACUAACCCAGUAUUUGGUAUGAACCCAUUUAGUGCCAAACCUUUAUACACAACACUUCCACCACAGAGCGCAUUUCCCCCGGCCACUUUUAUGCCACCAGUCCAGACCAGUAUUCCUGGGCUGCGACCAUACCCAGGACUAGAUCAGAUGAGCUUCCUACCACAUAUGGCCUAUACCUACCCAACUGGAGCAGCUACUUUUGCCGAUAUGCAGCAAAGGAGAAAGUACCAGCGGAAACAAGGAUUUCAGGGAGAAUUGCUUGAUGGAACCCCAGACUACAUGUCCGGCCUCGACGACAUGACGGACUCCGACUCCUGUCUGUCCCGAAAGAAGAUCAAGAAGACAGAAAGUGGCAUGUACGCGUGUGACUUAUGUGACAAGACAUUCCAGAAGAGCAGUUCCCUGCUGCGACACAAAUACGAGCACACAGGAAAAAGACCACACCAGUGUCAGAUUUGCAAGAAAGCAUUUAAACACAAGCAUCACCUGAUUGAGCACUCACGCUUGCACUCCGGGGAGAAGCCCUACCAGUGCGACAAGUGCGGCAAGCGCUUCUCGCACUCGGGGUCGUACUCACAGCACAUGAAUCACAGGUAUUCCUACUGUAA